AUGUAUGGAAGAUUAAUCAAGAAGCACCCUGUGGCUAUCAAUUGCUUGACAGCAAUGGGACUUUUUUCGUCUGGUGAUGCGAUUGCACAGUUGGGGAUCGAACAUAAAUCUGAAUGGGACAUGAGUCGUACAGCCAAAGCAGCUACUUAUGGUAUCAUAUGGGCACCCAUAGGUGAUAGAUGGUACAAGAUUCUUGGACGUAUAGGCGGAGGGAAAAGUGGGAUUGUGCCUACGUUAAAGAAGGUGGCCAUAGAUCAAUUAGUUUUCGCUCCUACCGUUGGUAUACCAUUAUACUUCACAGCGAUGGGGGUACUAAAUGGGAAGCUGGUGUCGGAAAUUCAAUUGCAGUUAAAAACAAAAUGGCGUGACACGUUAUAUUCCAAUUGGAUGAUAUGGCCGUGGACUCAAAUGGCCAACUUUUAUAUUGUUCCAGUUCAUUAUCAGUUGGGUGCCAGUAGUGUUGUUGGAUUAGGGUGGAACUCGUAUCUUAGCUGGAAGAAUUACCAGAGCAUUUCGAAGAAAGGUUAA